AUGGGCGCAGGUGUGUUUGUGCGUGCGUGUGUUUUUGGCGUGUUUGUCUGCGGUGUGUCCGUGACCUUAUUACGACUGGCGAUGGCGACAGAUAACCAAAAAUCCAGGCUGAGAUGCCUCAUCUUAAAGCUGUCUCACAGGUCUCAAGUGUCAUCUAUGCAUGGUCACGAGGCGUCAUCCUGAAACACUGCAGACUUGUAAACAACGAGCGAUCAACAUCCCCGGCGGUCUGGUGGCGCAGCGGUUAGUGCCUGUCACCGACACAUGCAUCAUCAAAUAUCUGUCUUGGGUUCAAAUCUCGUCUCAGGCACGCUAUUCUUUCUCUGCAUGUGACAUCUGUUAUUACAGUCCUAGCUGCUUGCACGGCGUACAACACUGAUUCCUCCCCCUUCCUCCCAAAGUAAACUGUGUAGCAUGAUGACAACGCUUAUAUCUCUGCUAUGCGUUGUGACGUCAUUGUUACACACCCCAACACUUUUUUAUGACGUCAUCGAUCCCACCUCGAGUUCAGUCCCUGGAGACGCAAGAGGAAGGUGGGAGAUGUAGAGGAAGUCACGAGGCCGUACCCUGCUGUCUGCAGGGGGAGUGAACUGUGUGCAGACCGCGGAGGGUGAGGAAAGCGUCUGACUGCUGUGACUUUUCCUGAUAGAAGGUACCCAGGUUCAACGCAUGCUUGGUAUUCAAGAUGACGAGUAGAACCUCCCAGAGAGGAAGGCCUGAGGAAGUGGGGGGAAUCAGUAACCAUGACGACGAUGAUGCCAUCGAAUGUGGAGCAGGAAGCUGCCGACCUUCUUUCAUGCAGGGCUGUGCGAGAAUCGGGUGCUUCACGGCGGUGUACAGCUUGGCGGGCUUGUUCACGUCGACCCUGAGCAUCUACAUCAACUCGCAGAUCACUACCCUCGAGCGCCAGUUCGGCUUCAGCAGCUCCAUCAGCGGCCUCCUCAUGAGCUGCAACGACCUGGGCUACCUGCUGACCACCCUGCCCCUGUCUCACCUGGCGCGCCGCGUGCACAUCCCUCGCGCCCUCGCCGUCUGCACGCUGCUGUUCGGCUUCUCCGGCCUCAUCUGCACCAUCCCCUUCUUCGCCACCAGGGACAGCCUGUCGCUGAGCCCUAGGGCUCUGACGGAGAUGAAUGCUUCCGCCAGCGGAAGUAGCGCGAGCUUCAGGGCGCCGCUGUGCGUGCUGGACGUCAUGGCGAGCUCCGGGUGGGACAACGGCUCCCAGAUGGUCAACCUGUCGACGAGGGCAGAAGAAAGCUGCGCAGUGGAGGGACCCAGGAGGAAGGGGGCUAUUUCGGAGGAAUGGCAGGGCCUGGCCAUCGCGUGCCUCGCUCUGGGGAUGAUUUUUCAAGGCUUUGGCAAGUCUCCUCGUCAGACGUUCGUGGGCACGUACAUUGAUGACAACGUGCCCAAAACUAAAACCACGCUCUAUCUUGGAAUUAUUUCAUGUCUGAGUAUUUUCGGACCUGCACUGGCAUUUACUCUGGGUGGAGUGUUCACAACGAUGUACAUCACACUGGAAGACACCGGCAUGACGACUCGCGACCCUCGCUGGAUCGGAGCCUGGUGGUUAGGGUUUCUCUUGUUCGGAAUCUGUGGAAUAUUCGCCGCUAUUCCCCUCAUCUUCUUCCCGCGACGACUGCGACCGCAGCCAGAGCUGAAGGCGCUGCAAGAGAAGCGCAAGAGUGCUGCCAAGGGGAGGCCAUUCAUACAUGGCAUAAAAGAAUUUCUGAGAAGCCUCCUCCGUCUGGUACUGACACCCGUGUACAUUUUGAUAGUCAUCGGAAACUGCUGCAUGCUUUUCAGUGUGUCGGGUAUGAUGGCCUUCCUACCAAAGUACUUCGAGACGCAGUUCACGGUUCCUCCUUGGCAAGCCAACAUUACUAUAGGAGUUCUGAAUGUUAUGGCUGCUUCCGUUGGCACCUUAAUUGGCGGCUAUGUGACGUCACGCUUCAAGUUGCCUCCCCUGACCUGCCUGAAGGUGAUGCUGACCCUGUCCGCUGUGUGCACUGCCAUGAUCGCGUCCUUGUUCGCCCUGGGAUGUGACCAGCCACAGAUCGACAAGGGUGUGACCGCAGUGGGUGGCAGUAUCUCGAACACGUCACAGCCAUGUCAGUCCAGCUGCCAGUGCGAUGAGACACGUUACUUUCCUACGUGCGGCGCAAACGGCGUGACGUACUUCUCCCCGUGUCACGCUGGCUGCUCCGAGAACAGAGGCGUGUCCUACGGGAACUGCUCGUGCAUAGCAAUGCCCAGCAACACGUCACAUCCCACAGCGGAAGCAGUCCCCGGCCUGUGUUCUCAGAACUGCAACAUGUUAUAUCCGUAUGUUAUUCUGAGCUUCGUCUCUGCCCUGGGGUCCACAAUGAGCAUCAUGCCCGGUUUUGUCGUCAGCGUUAGAAGUGUGGCGGAGAGCGACAAGCCCCUGGCCAUCGGCUUCAGCGCCUUUUUGGUCACCCUGCUGGGCUGGUUUCCUGGCCCUGUCCUGUUCGGCCGGGUCGUGGAUUCCACGUGUCUGAUGUGGACUUCCGGCUGCGCGGGGGCUGGUUCGUGCGCCAUGUACGAUCUGCGUGCCUUUAGGUUUAUGUACCACGGUCUGUACGUCAGCUCGCGCGUGGCGAACUUCCUGUUCUACGUCAUCGCUUUUAUCGUCGCGACACAACUGAAACGACCUUUCUAUGCGCAUUGCGAGGCCGAAAAAACAGUUCCGACAACGCAGGAAGGGCGAGAACUCAUGUUGGGAGAGAACGGGAAGAACAGCGACAAAGUUUUCAAAGAGAUGGAGGACGAAGAACCCCUCGGUUCCGAACGUAUUUUUAAAGGUACGUCACGGCUGUGAACAUGACGUCAGGAACGUUAUUGGCGGGUGAUCACACUCACCUACGUCAUCUCUACGCCCUACCAGUCUUUCAGUUAUCUACGACUUUGUCACGUGUGUAAGUCGUACUUUCUUGCGUCUGCCUUCAGUUACGUAACCGCGAGAAAAAGUUACGUGACGUCAUGAACCACCAGCAUGGCGCACUGACAAGUCUUCCAUAUGACACUGACAAAGAUCCAGCAUGGUACUGAAAGAAUUCUCCAACACUACUAGGAAGUGUCCCCAGUCUGACAAUAUUCCAUGAAACGAAUCAUCCACCAUCAUGGCAUUGACUAGUCUUCGGUGUCAUUCCGACAGUUUCCAGCAGGACAAAGUCUGUAACGUCACUCUUGUCCUUUCACCAGCAGGACUGUGACAAGCUACCGUCACAGACCAAUGUCAAAUCACAACAUGACAUUAAUCAGUCAUUUUACUCAUGCUUACCUUAGAGUAAGAAUACUAUAAUUAACUUCAUCAGAGACUCAUCAGUCAGCCAGUCUCGAUGUGUUGUUGUAACACUUCAAACUUCUAAUGCUCUUGUCCUACAAGAAGUCCUGCUUGUGGUUCCACACAAUCUAAAAAUACACUUUUAUUACCCGGACUUUAAGACACUAAAUUUUCGAGAAAGCCUAGGGUAUGUUUGUGUCCGUUGUACUGGCUGAUUUUUUUGCGUUGAAUUCUAAACUGGUGGUGUGACGUAUAUGUACGUGAAAUCCACCGGCACGUUAAUGAGUGACGUGCUUACAGAGUACAGCCGCGAAACUUGCUGUCCGUUAUUUGUAAUAAUAAACAGUACAAUUGUGUAUGCUGCUUUACAUAUGAAAAUCGUAGACUGUAAGGAGCUUGUUGUGGUAAGUAUCAUACAACAUAAUAUCAAGCCAAUAAAGUGAUCCGCUUAAAGGUUA